UGAGCAAAGAUGGAUCAGGAAGGUGGGGGAGAUGGGCAGAAGGCCCCGAGCUUCCAGUGGCGGAACUACAAGCUCAUCGUGGAUCCUGCCUUGGACCCUGCCUUGCGCAGGCCUUCUCAAAAGGUGUACCGCUAUGAUGGAAUCCACUUCAGCGUCAACGACUCAAAGUAUAUACCAGUCGAAGAUCUCCAAGACCCCCGUUGCCAUGUCAGGUCCAAAAACAGAGACUUUUCCCUCCCAGUCCCUAAGUUUAAGCUGGAUGAGUUCUACAUUGGACAGAUCCCACUGAAGGAAGUGACUUUUGCAAGGUUGAAUGACAAUGUGCGGGAGACCUUCCUGAAGGACAUGUGCCGAAAGUAUGGUGAGGUGGAGGAGGUAGAAAUCCUUCUUCACCCCCGCACUCGCAAGCACCUGGGCCUGGCCCGUGUGCUUUUCACCAGCACUCGGGGCGCCAAGGAAACAGUCAAGAACCUCCACCUGACCUCCGUCAUGGGCAACAUCAUCCACGCCCAGCUUGAUAUCAAAGGACAACAACGAAUGAAGUACUAUGAACUGAUUGUCAAUGGCUCCUACACCCCUCAGACUGUGCCCACAGGGGGCAAGGCCUUGAGUGAGAAGUUCCAGGGCUCUGGAGGAGCCACUGAGACGACUGAAUCCCGCCGCCGCUCUUCCUCUGACACGGCCACCUACCCAGCAGGCACUGCUGUGGUGGGCACCCCUGGCAAUGGCACCCCAUGUUCCCAGGACACAAGCUUCUCCAGCAGCCGACAAGAUACCCCAUCUUCCUUUGGCCAGUUCACCCCUCAGUCCUCCCAAGGAACCCCCUACACAUCUCGGGGCAGCACGCCCUACUCUCAGGACUCUGCCUACUCCAGCAGCACCACUUCCACCUCCUUCAAGCCCCGGAGGUCAGAGAACAGCUACCAAGAUUCCUUUUCUCGCCGCCAUUUCUCUGCAUCUUCGGCCCCCACAACCGCCUCUACAGCCAUCUCAGCCACCACUGCAGCCACUGCUGCAUCCUCCUCUUCUUCCUCCUCAUUGUCCUCGUCCUCCUCAUCGACCUCUUCUUCCUCGACCUCUCAAUUUCGUGGUUCUGACUCAAACUACCCAGCAUAUUAUGAGAGCUGGAAUCGCUACCAGCGCCAUGCUUCCUACCCACCCCGCCGGGCACCUCGAGAGGAGGCCCCCGGGGCCCCCUUUGCUGAAAAUACAGCUGAGCGCUUUCCACCUUCCUACACUUCCUACCUGCCCCCUGAGCCCAGCCGGCCCGCUGACCAGGACUACCGGCCUCCUGCCUCUGAGGCCCCACCGCCGGAGCCUCCAGAACCUGGUGGAGGCGGGGGCGGUGGGGGGCCCAGCCCUGAGAGAGAAGAAGCUCGGACCUCCCCCCGCCCAGCCUCACCUGCCCGUUCCGGCUCCCCAGCUCCAGAGACCACCAAUGAGAGCGUGCCCUUCGCUCAGCACAGCAGCCUGGAUUCCCGCAUCGAGAUGCUGCUGAAGGAGCAGCGUUCCAAGUUUUCUUUCCUGGCCUCCGACACAGAGGAGGAGGAAGAGAACAGCAGCGCCGGCCCUGGGGCUAGGGACACAGGGAGCGAGGUGCCUUCAGGGUCAGGUCACGGGCCUUGCACACCCCCUCCUGCACCAGCUAAUUUUGAGGAUGUCGCACCCCCAGGGAGUGGGGAACCAGGGGCUACCCGAGAGUCUCCCAAGGCCAACGGACAGAACCAGGCUUCUCCAUGCUCUUCUGGAGAGGACAUGGAGAUCUCCGACGACGACAGGGGUGGCUCACCACCCCCGGCCCCGACACCCCCCCAGCAGCCUCCACCCCCUCCCCCUCCCCCUCCUCCUCCCCCUCCCUAUCUGGCUUCCCUUCCCCUUGGUUAUCCUCCCCACCAACCUGCCUACCUCCUCCCACCCCGACCUGAUGGGCCACCACCCCCUGAGUACCCCCCACCCCCUCCCCCUCCUCCUCACAUCUAUGACUUUGUGAACUCCUUGGAGCUCAUGGACCGGCUUGGGGCUCAGUGGGGAGGGAUGCCUAUGUCCUUCCAGAUGCAGACCCAGAUGUUAACUCGGCUCCACCAGCUGCGGCAGGGCAAGGGAUUGACUGCUGCCUCAGCCGGUCCCCUUGGUGGGGUCUUUGGGGAGGCCUUCCUCCCAUUCCCGCCCCCCCAGGAGGCAGCCUAUGGCUUGCCCUAUGCUCUGUACACACAAGGGCAAGAAGGCCGAGGGGCCUACUCCCGGGAGGCCUACCACCUGCCUUUGCCCAUGGCAGCCGAGCCCCUGCCCUCCUCCAUCUCGGGAGAAGAGGCCCGGCUGCCUCCCAGGGAGGAAGCAGAGCUGGCAGAGGGCAAGGCCCUACCGUCAGCAGGCACCGUGGGCCGCGUGCUGGCCACCCUAGUCCAAGAGAUGAAGAGCAUCAUGCAGCGAGACCUCAACCGCAAGAUGGUGGAAAACGUGGCCUUUGGAGCCUUUGACCAGUGGUGGGAGAGCAAAGAAGAGAAGGCCAAGCCAUUCCAGAAUGCAGCCAAACAGCAAGCCAAGGAGGAGGAUAAAGAGAAGACAAAGCUCAAAGAGCCAGGCCUGCUGUCCCUCGUAGACUGGGCCAAGAGCGGGGGAACCACAGGCAUCGAGGCCUUUGCCUUUGGGUCAGGGCUGCGAGGGGCCUUGCGGCUGCCUUCGUUUAAGGUAAAGCGGAAAGAACCAUCGGAAAUUUCAGAAGCCAGUGAGGAAAAGAGGCCCCGGCCCUCCACUCCAGCUGAGGAAGACGAAGAUGACCCUGAGCGAGAGAAGGAGGCCGGAGAGUCGGGACGGCUGGGGAGCAAGCCCCCGAAGCGAGAUGAGGACCGAGGCAAGACCCAGGGCAAGCACCGCAAGUCCUUUGCUCUGGACAGCGAAGGGGAGGAGGCGUCUCAGGAGUCCUCCUCAGAGAAGGACGAGGAGGAUGAUGAGGAUGAUGAGGAAGAUGAAGAGCGAGAGGAAGCUGUGGAUACCACUAAGAAGGAGACAGAGGCGUCAGAUGGCGAGGACGAGGAAAGCGAUUCGUCCUCCAAAUGUUCUCUGUAUGCUGACUCAGAUGGUGAAAACGAUAGCACGUCAGACUCCGAGAGCAGCAGCUCCUCCAGCUCCUCGUCCUCCUCAUCCUCCUCUUCGUCCUCCUCGUCCUCUUCAUCAUCUGAGUCCUCUGAGGAAGAGGAAGAGGAGGAGCAGCUAGCAACCAUUCCCUCAGCCUCACCACCCCCUAGAGAAGUCCCAGUGCCCAUGCCAGCUCCUGUGGAGGAGGCCGAGCCUGAGCAAGUGGCAGGCUCCCCCGUCAUACCACUUCCUGAGCAAGAGAAGUCUCCAGCAAGACUUGCAGGUCCAACUAAGGAACCACCUCCCAGUGUGCCCCAGCCUCCCCCAGAGCUACCAGCUGGGCCUCCAGCCCCUGCGCCCUGCCCUGAUGAGCGCCCCUCUUCCCCUAUCCCACUCCUACCCCCACCCAAGAAGCGCCGGAAAACCGUCUCCUUCUCUGCUGUGGAGGAGGUGCCAGCCCCAGACCCUGCCCCAGCUGCCCCGCCGCAGGCCAAGUCUCCUGGCCCAGCCUCUCGCAAAGUCCCCCGGGGUGUGGAGCGGACCAUUCGCAACCUGCCCCUGGAUCAUGCAUCUUUGGUCAAGAGCUGGCCCGAGGAGGUGACGCGAGGAGGCCGGGGUCGGGCUGGAGGCCGAGGCCGCUGCACUGAGGAAGAAGAGGCUGAGCCAGGGACAGAAGUGGACCUGGCAGUACUGGCUGAUCUGGCCCUGACCCCGGCCCGGCGUGGUCUGGCUGCCCUGCCUGCUGUCAACGAUUCAGAGGCCACAGAGACGUCAGACGAGGCAGACCGCCCCAGCCCCCUGCUCAGCCACAUCCUCCUGGAGCAUAACUAUGCCCUGGCUGUCAAGCCCGCACCCUCUACGCCGGUCCCGCGGCCCCCAGAGCCAGUCUCUGCCCCUGCAGCGCUCUUCAGCUCCCCAGCAGAUGAGGUCCUCGAGGCCCCUGAGGUGGUGGUGUCUGAGGCGGAAGAGCCCAAGCAGCCGCAGCAGCUGCAGCAGCGACCAGAGGACAGGGAGGAGGAAGAGGACGAGGAGGAGGAGUCCGAGUCCUCUGAGAGCAGCAGCAGCAGCAGCAGUGAUGGGGAGGGGGCUGUCCGGCGCCGCAGCCUCCGCUCCCACACCCGGCGCCGUAGGCCACCUCUGCCCCCGCCCCCGCCGCCACCCACCUACGAGCCUCGCAGCGAGUUUGAGCAGAUGACCAUCCUGUAUGACAUUUGGAACUCGGGUCUGGACUUGGAAGACAUGGGCUACCUGCGGCUCACGUACGAGCGGCUGCUACAGCAGACUAGCGGGGCUGACUGGCUCAACGACACCCACUGGGUCCAUCACACCAUCACCAACCUGAGCACUCCAAAACGCAAGCGGCGGCCCCAGGACGGGCCCCGAGAGCACCAGACAGGCUCAGCCCGCAGCGAGGGCUACUACCCCAUCAGCAAGAAGGAGAAGGACAAGUACCUGGAUGUGUGCCCCGUCUCGGCCCGGCAGCUGGAGGGAGCAGACACUCAGGGCACUAACCGCGUGCUUUCAGAGCGCCGGUCUGAGCAGCGGCGGCUGCUGAGCGCCAUCGGCACCUCGGCCAUCAUGGAUAGUGACCUGCUGAAGCUAAACCAGCUCAAGUUCCGGAAGAAGAAGCUCCGAUUUGGCCGGAGCCGGAUCCACGAGUGGGGUCUGUUUGCGAUGGAACCCAUUGCAGCCGACGAGAUGGUCAUCGAAUACGUGGGUCAGAACAUCCGCCAGAUGGUGGCCGACAUGCGGGAGAAGCGCUACGUGCAGGAGGGCAUAGGCAGCAGCUACCUGUUCCGGGUGGACCAUGACACCAUCAUCGAUGCCACCAAGUGUGGCAACCUGGCGAGGUUCAUCAACCACUGCUGCACGCCCAACUGUUAUGCCAAGGUGAUCACCAUUGAGUCGCAGAAGAAGAUCGUGAUUUACUCCAAGCAGCCCAUCGGCGUGGACGAGGAGAUCACCUACGACUACAAGUUCCCACUGGAGGACAACAAGAUUCCGUGUCUGUGUGGCACCGAGAGCUGCCGUGGCUCCCUCAACUGAGGUGGGCAGGACUGGUGCCCACACCCCUAUUUAUUCCCCCUUGGUGCCCUGAGCUCCCAGCACCCCCAGCCUUAGUGGGCUCAGCAGGGCCCUCAUGCCCCCAUCUCCCAGUGUGGGUUUGGGGGGCCCUGAGCCCAGUAAGGGAGCCUCAGUCCCUUGAGGCAGCUUCUGCCUCCCUUGUCGCCCCUGCCAACCCACCUCCUAAUUUUUUUUCUUUGCGGAGAAGAAGCUGUAAAUGUUUUGUAGCUGCCAGCAGCUGUUUCCUGUGGAAACCUGGGGUGCCGGCCUGUACAGAUCCUGUUCUUGUGGGGGCUGCACAGCCCUCUCGCUUUGUGUUAAUGGGGACUUUCCUUUGUGCCCCACGUGCACCCCUCCCCAGUAUAGGGGUCUCUCGGGGCAGUGGCCAUGUUCUCCCCUGGGGGGGGCCCUGCACCCCCAGUCCUGGGGACUCUGUGCCUGGAACCCUGCCUCGUCUUCUGUUCCUGCCAGACCCUGUGGGUCACCCUUCCACCCUGGUGUCUGGCGGCUGUGGCUCAGCCAGGCCAGGAUGGUGGGGGGUGGGCCCUUCCUGUUGGGCUGGAUUGUACAUAUGUUAAUAGUGCAAACCC